GUUCCGUGUCCGCGCGGCCGGACUCCCAGGUGGGGGAGGGCAGAAGCCGGAGCCGCGGCCAGCCACACGUAAAAGAAAAGCACAAGAAAUAAAGGAACUUUUACUGUCACUGUUGACUAUUACGCCCGCCGAUACCCCAAGUCAGCCCCCCUCCCAAAAAAAAAGCUGCCGAAACUUAGAAGCUGAUCUGUCACAGUGUAAGAUGCCUUUGGAAAAUUCUGCAUUCCUCUUAGAUGACUCUUUAGAACUUGGUGAGUUACACUAGAUACCUUCAACCUUCAUUUUGAGCUGAGAAUUUUGAGACUGAUGGUCAGCCAUAUUGAAGAAUACAUUGAACCUAUAGUUUUCUGAAGAAUCAGUUCAAAAGAUCCCCCAAAAUACAAAAGGAGAAGUACAAAUGUCUACCACAAGACGAAAACGUAAUAUGUUAUGUUGUUUACCGUAAGCUGUAGUAAAAUGAGCUCGAUUAUUGACAGUGCUCACUCCAUUCCAUUAAGCAUUUUAGCAUUUGUGACUGAUAAAAGAUCUCAGCUCAAAUGUUCCCCAUCUCAACAAAUCCUUCCUGAACCCUUCAAGCUAAAAGAUGAUGGUAGUAUUUUUGAUGGGUUGGUGGAAGAAGAUGACAAGGACAAAGCAAAAAGAGUAUCUAGAAACAAAUCUGAAAAGAAACGUAGAGAUCAGUUUAAUGUUCUCAUUAAAGAAUUGGGAUCUAUGCUUCCUGGUAAUGCUAGAAAGAUGGACAAAUCUACUGUUCUGCAGAAGAGCAUUGAUUUUUUACGAAAACAUAAAGAAAUCACUGCACAGUCAGAUGCUAGUGAAAUUCGACAGGACUGGAAACCUACAUUCCUUAGUAAUGAAGAGUUUACACAAUUAAUGUUAGAGGCUCUUGAUGGGUUUUUUUUAGCAAUCAUGACAGAUGGAAGCAUAAUAUAUGUGUCUGAGAGUGUAACUUCAUUACUUGAACAUUUACCAUCUGAUCUUGUGGAUCAAAGUAUAUUUAAUUUCAUCCCAGAGGGGGAACAUUCAGAGAUUUAUAAAAUACUAUCUACCCAUCUGCUGGAAAGUGACUCAUUAACCCCGGAAUAUUUAAAAUCAAAAAAUCAGUUAGAAUUCUGUUGUCAUAUGCUUCGAGGAACAAUAGACCCAAAAGAGCCAUCUACCUAUGAAUAUGUGAAAUUUAUAGGAAAUUUCAAAUCUUUAAACAGUGUAUCCACUUCAGCACACAAUGGUUUUGAAGGAACUAUACAACGCACACACAGACCUUCUUAUGAAGAUAGAGUUUGUUUUGUAGCUACUGUCAGAUUAGCUACACCUCAGUUCAUCAAGGAAAUGUGCACUGUUGAAGAACCCAAUGAAGAGUUUACAUCUAGACAUAGUUUAGAAUGGAAAUUUCUAUUUCUAGAUCACAGGGCACCACCCAUAAUAGGAUAUUUGCCAUUUGAAGUUCUGGGAACAUCAGGCUAUGAUUACUAUCAUGUGGAUGACCUAGAAAAUUUGGCAAAAUGUCAUGAACACUUGAUGCAGUAUGGGAAAGGCAAAUCAUGUUAUUACAGGUUCCUGACCAAAGGACAACAGUGGAUUUGGCUUCAAACUCAUUACUAUAUCACUUAUCACCAGUGGAAUUCAAGGCCAGAGUUUAUUGUUUGUACUCACACUGUAGUAAGUUAUGCAGAAGUUAGGGCUGAAAGACGACGAGAACUUGGCAUUGAAGAGUCUCUUCCUGAGAUAGCUGCUGACAAAAGCCAAGAUUCUGGGUCUGAUAACCGUAUAAACACAGUCAGUCUCAAGGAAGCAUUGGAAAGGUUUGAUCACAGCCCAACCCCUUCUGCUUCCUCCCGUAGUUCAAGAAAAUCAUCUCACACUGCAGUCUCAGACCCAUCCUCAACACCAACAAAGAUCCCAACGGAUACUAGCACUCCUCCCAGACAGCAUUUACCAGCUCAUGAAAAGAUGGCACAAAGGAGGUCAUCAUUUAGUAGUCAGUCGAUAAAUUCCCAGUCUAUUGGUCAAUCAUUAACACAGCCAGUGAUGUCUCAAGCCACAAAUUUACCAGUUCCACAAGGCAUGUCCCAGUUUCAGUUUUCAGCACAAUUAGGAGCCAUGCAGCAUCUGAAAGACCAAUUGGAACAACGGACACGAAUGAUAGAGGCAAAUAUUCAUCGGCAACAAGAAGAACUAAGAAAAAUUCAAGAACAACUUCAAAUGGUCCAUGGUCAAGGACUGCAGAUGUUUUUACAACAGUCAACUCCUGGUUUGAAUUUUGGUUCUGUUCAACUUUCUUCUGGAAAUUCAUCUAAUAUCCAGCAACUCACACCUAUAAAUAUGCAAAGCCAGGUUGUUCAAACUAACCAAAUUCAAAGUGGAAUGAAUACUGGACACAUUGGCACAACUCAGCACAUGAUACAACAGCAGACUUUACAAAGUUCAUCAAGUCAGCAGAGUCAACAAAAUGUCUUAAGCGGGCAUAGCCAACAAACAUCUCUUCCGAGUCAGACCCAGAGCACUCUUACAGCCCCCCUGUAUAACACUAUGGUGAUUUCUCAGCCGGCAGCCGGAAGCAUGGUCCAGAUCCCGUCUAGUAUGCCACAAAACAGUACCCAGAGUGCUGCAGUUACUACAUUCACUCAGGACAGACAGAUAAGAUUUUCUCAAGGUCAGCAACUUGUGACCAAAUUAGUAACCGCUCCCGUAGCUUGUGGGGCAGUCAUGGUACCUAGCACUAUGCUUAUGGGUCAGGUGGUGACUGCCUACCCUACUUUUGCUGCACAACAGCAGCAGUCACAGACAUUGUCAGUCACGCAGCAGCAGCAGCAGCAGCAGCAGCAGAGUUCCCAGGAGCAGCAGCUCACAUCAGCUCAGCAACCGUCUCAGGCUCAGCUGACCCAACCACCACAGCAGUUUUUACAGACUUCUAGGUUGCUUCACGGGAACCCUUCAACUCAGCUUAUCCUCUCUGCUGCGUUUCCACUACAACAGAGCACUUUCCCUCAAUCACAUCACCAGCAACACCAGUCUCAGCAGCAACAGCAACUGAGUCGGCACAGGACUGACACUUUGACGGAUCCUUCCAAGAUGCUGUAAAAAUAUUAUGUAUAUGUCUGGAUAAAAGGAAAGAGAGCAAAACAUUUUGUAUGCUGCAUGAAAGCAUUAUCUCCUCCUUAAAGGUAUGAAUACAUUUCCUUAGAUUCUGAUGCCAUGUGCAAAACUAAUACAUCCUUUGUUUUCCCUUUUGUUUACAACACGAUAGUGUUCUAUUCACUUUUCCGGGGCACAAGUCUUUUGUUCAUACUUGGCUGUGAUGUCACAGUUUGUUCAGUGAGGUAUGAUGUGCUGCUGGGAAUGGAUUUUUUUCAGGUUAAAUGAUUGAAAUAACAGGAUUUUCAAGUUACUCAGAAGUAUCCUUCAUUUCAUUAUUUUUCAAUAAUGUUUGAAAAUAGGAUUUGCACUGCUUUAUUUUAGAAGGUUGGGAGUUUUGAUCACAUAUUUUGAUAUGGUUCAUAGUUGGAAAUAGUUGAGUAAAUGGUUUGUAAUAAGCCUGAAAGAAAUUUCAUGAAUGUUUCAGUUAUAGGAGUAAAAUUUGCACGCAAAACAUUUUAGGCACUUUUUAACAUUCUCACUGGUGGGAAUUUUAACCUUUAGGAUUUGUUGGAAUCUUUUUAUUAUCCUUCACAAUUUCAAUGUUUCUUUUAGUCAGAAAUGAUUCAGGGUUAUUUGAGGGGGAAGAAACCCAUAGUGCCUUGAUUUUGAUUCAGGUGAUAACUCACCAUCUUGAACUCAUUGUCUGGUUUCAGUAGCAGUUUUGAAACCUUAGUACAUUUUUAAUAGCAUGUGAGUGUCCGUGCCAUUAUUCUCCUAAGUUCCUAUGAAGACUGCUUUGAAUCUCUUGGCUGGAAAUACAAAUAAUUUAGAAAUAAAAGAUGACAUACUAACACUAUCAGUCAUCAGUGUAAUUGCAAAUUGUUUUUCCUAAAUCAGCAUCUUCCUUUAAAACUGAAAUAAGUAGUCAUUGAAGAAUCACCAGUAAAUAUUUGCUCAGUAUGAUUCUUACAAAGAAAAAGGUGUAGGAAUCUGCUUUGCCUUCACUACAUUAGAAUAUUGGAACUCACAUGCUUUCUAAACAUGAACUAAGAUUUCAUUUGGCAAUAUCAUAUUCCAAAGGUAAUAAAUUCCAACAAAAAUUAUAUUCAUAAAAGCAUUUUAUAUAUUCUAUGGUACUAAUAAUUAAAUUUACAACUGUAGAGCAAAGGAAAAUAUCUUACUAGAAUAUCAAAAAUUAUUACUGUGGAAAGGGAAGACAGCAAGCUGUAAUAAAUAAAAAUUGACCUGAAAAGAAAAUGUAUAACAGAAUUGAGGUUGUUCAACAGAAAAGGUUUUGAGCAAUGAAAAUAACCUAAUACAGAAUUGCUAGAUAAAGGAGUCAGAGGAACUCUAAGACAGUUCUUCAGACUUUUCUGUCCUCAGCUUUGCUAUUAUCCUUAAGGGAUAUAUUGUUUUUCUGUAGAAAACUAUACCUGGCCACACUUAAAUUAGAAAAUGUUGAAAACAAAAUCAACCAAAGAAAGUUGGUACCUACCCUUCUAUAAAAGAAGUGUCAUUAGAUACCAAUCAAUAAUUAACAUAUCAAGGAGCUCCUCUCCUAGCUAAAUGAUCAUCCAGAAGAGAUUUCUGACUCAUGAAUGUCAAGGAUAGUUGUCAGAAUAUGUGUGUACUUGAGCCUAUAUACAACACCAAAAUUGAUGUUGUAAAUAUGGCAACAGUAUUAAUUAUCUCCCCUUUCAAAUUGCCUAUGUUAACCUUAUCAUGCCAUUCCAUAUAGUGAGUUGUGCCUCUUUCAUUCAUUGGUGAUAUCUAGUGAUAAUGGAUUUAGCUAAUAAAAUAUAUGAAAAACUAUUAUAUUAAGGUAUAUCCUCCAAAUAUCACACUUAAAAGAAAGAUGGUGGACCAUGAGUACUGUGUACUUAGAUUAACAAAAGCAAAGCCUAGGCACUAUUUUGCAUUUAUAAUUACUGUUGUUUCUGACAGUUCACUUUUUUCUGCUUAGAAUUGAUUACUAAAUUUAAAGAAGCAACUAGCUGCUUUCCUCUGCUGUCAGCAGACAUUGUUGUGUCAGAAGAGCUAGUAAGCACCAGCUGCCUCUUAGCUCCUUUAACUGUUCCUCCUGCUUCUCUUGGACUUGGAUUGCAGACCUGUCCCUGCCCCCUCCCCCAUGAAUGGAGACUUGACAUUCUGAUGAAGAUUCAGCAGUUGCCUGUUCUUCCUUCAUUUCUGUAGCCAGAGUUGUUGAUUAAAAUACUAAAUCUAAGUCAUAAAAAAAACAAAAACAGAAAAUAGGAACACCUUCUAACUACUUAAAAAUCAUCUUUCCCCUGCUUUACUCUCAGUCAUUUUUUCUUUUAAAAAACACAUUUUGUUCUGGGUGGCACUUUUUAGAUAAGAAACUAUUGAAGAUCAGGCAAAUUGUUAGCUGUUGUGCAGUUGUUAUCUUGUUUUGGCUUGCUGAGGCACUGCGUGAGUCAGUAUAGUUUUAACAAGUGAAGACUACAAGGACUAGUAAAAUUGCUGCUGGAGUAUGGCAACCCCGAGUGUCUACACUCAAAAGUACUCUAUUUUUUUAGUGGAAAAUAUGUGCAGAAAAGCAGAUAUAGCGGAUGGGGGUAGCAUUCAGUAAGUCCUACAGUUCAGUCUCCAAACUUCGACUUACGGGGGUAAUUUGAGUCCUGUGCUCUGCUUUGUCACUUAAAUCUGGCUUAGGAAUGUACUAGUAAUAGGACAAUGCCAGUGUUUUUGAAAGGUUAUAGAAUACUGUGUGGAAGAGUGAAAUGGUAAUUUGGAUUCUUCCGAAGUGCUGUAGUUGCUGGUCAUUGCCUUACAGCAGUCUGCUUGCCGUUAGUUAAGUGCACUGAAGCAGUGCAGCUCUGUAAAGAAGGGGAGAUGAAUCCUUGUUCAAGAAGCCUUAGAUAGGGGUCCUACAGAUAGGUGAAAGUACUUUUUAACUGGAUAUUACUCAACGUAUUUUAAAAUGUUUCCACUACAUUGCGGUAAACUUUUUAAAAAGUGGAAUGCAAAUAGCAUUUUACUCUGGUAGUAUUCAUUUUUUCUUUAUGUUUUUUUGGUGAUUGAAAGUUUGUUGAUGAACAUUUGUGUUAAACUCAUUCAAAUCUAUAACCUUUCCAAUAUCUGUGUCCCUGUUCAUAGCCCCUUGGGAGUCAAUGUUGGAAGGUGUAAACACUGGAUAUUACUAUUGCUGAGUGAGUCUAGCCAGAAGUAAACCGAUUGGAAAAGAAACAGCACAACGGCUCCUGCCAUUUUAAUAGUGAUUCGAGAAAGAGAACCUGUUAAGUUUGUUUGGGUUGGGUGAGCAUUCUUCUGAAAGGAGCUUCUGAAGUAAUUGCAAAGGAAAAGAGUCGACUAUUUUUAUAGCAUAUUUAAUAUAUUUGUAUAUAUAACUAUGAAUAUAGUAGGAACCACCCUCCACAUGCCUCCCACCUUUUCUAAGUUCCUCCCCCUUUGCCAUAGCACUAGUAUAGCCUCGUCCGCAUGGGUAAUGUGCCUACUGUCAGCCUACCAAAAGAUAGUGCUGCUGCUUUCUGAGACAGGUGAGAAGACCCACUCUCAUGCCUGGGGAUCCUUUACGUAGGAAUAGCACACACUUAAAUCAACAUACCACAGUCUAAAAGCAUCAUUUUUAAAUAUAACAAGCACUUUAUUGCAAUUAUUCAUUUUGAUAAAGUUUAUCUUAGGCAUUACCAUUUCUAAAGGAUCCCCAAAUCAUCACUUAGGUGAAAUUUUAAAAUGACCCAUUUCUGAGAAAUGUUUAGAUCCAGUGAACCGUAGUAGGUUUAUGGGAGUGAUUUCAAGGUAGCCAAAUGUACUUGACUUUUGUUUUGAAUGUGGUGGAGUUGAGAUUGUUGCUAGUUCCAUUUAGACACUAUUGUAAACCUAUCUUGCCUAUUGUGUGGACACCAAAAGAGCCUGUUUAUUUUCAGAAGUCUAGGAAAAUUGCAUCAGUGUGAAUAAAUGUAUAGAACUAACCUAAAAGUGAUUGUUAGUAAUAUUUUAGACUACAGUCAUUUCAAGAAUUAUUCUGGGUGUUUUCAAUGUGCUCUGAAAUGUUGGCAUGUCAUUUCAGCGUUCCCAUUUGAAUUGCUCUUGUAAUAUUUUUGCACAAAAAGGACUACUUUGGUUGAAGAAAAGAAAAAUGUGUAAUUUGGUCUUAUUUUAAUGACUUCUGUGGAAACACUGGGGAUGAAUUUUGUUGGUUUAUAAUUCAGGAUAUUUAACAGUAUUGAACAGCUCACAAGAAAUUAAACAAAAGUGGAUAUUUAAAGAUUAAAACACUUUCUUCCCAUGUGAUUGUUUUGCAUAUUUCCCCCACAUGUCAUAAUUUAACACUACAUUCCUUGUUUUUCUUAAAUAAAAUACUUUGCAGGUUG